UCUUUAAGGCAGGUCGGGCGGUUUGUUGUCCGAAGGAAGUGACGGGGGGCGGGAUUGAAUGAAAAGUGCCACGGGGAGCCCCGAGCGCCCGAGUCGGGAGCCGCGGGAGCCCAGGGCCGGUCCGCCUCGGAGCGCCCCCCGCGCCCGCGCGCCCCAAACUCUCCUCCAACUUUGAGCGAAGUUGGCAGCGCCCCGCCCGCCGCGAGCCGGGCCGGGGAUGCGCCCGCCGGGCGGCCGCGGGGUCCCCCCUGCGCCCCGCGCGCUGCUGCUGGCGCUGCUGGCGCUGCUGGCGGGCGCGGGGGGCGCGCGGGCCGAGCUGCGGGUGCGCGUGCGGCUGCCGGGCGGCCGGGUGGCCGAGGAGCGCCUGCAGGCGGACGGCGCGGGCGACAGCGUCGGCCUGGAGCUGCGCGAGCCCGACGGCGCCCUCGUCUCGCUCACCGCCGACUUCAGGAAGCACGUGAAGAUCCUGCGGGCGCUGGUCCUGGGGGAGCUGGAGAAGGGCCAGCGCCAGUUCCAGGCCCUCUGCUUCGUCACCCGGCUGCGUGACCACGAGAUCAUCCCCAGCGAGGCCAUGGCCAAGCUCCGGCAGAUUGGCCGAGGCGCUAAGACCGCCAGCACAUCCAGAGACCUGGUGGGAGUGGCCCUUCUUCUCCCACAGAAGAACCCACGGGCAGUGCGUCAGGCGGAGGAGGCGCGGGGCCUGGAGCAGCUGCACAUGGACAUGGCCGUGAACUUCAGCCAGGGGGCCCUGCUGAGCCCCCACCUGCACAACGUGUGUGCGGAGGCCACGGACGCCAUCUACACCCGCCAGGAGGACGUCCGGUUCUGGCUGGAGCAAGGGGUGGACAGUUCCAUGUUCAAGGCUCUGCCCACGGACACAGAGCAGGCGCUGCCUCGCUGCGGGCAGGCUGGGGACCGGGGGGCGCCCUGUGUCUGCCGCUACGGCCUGAGCCUGGCCUGGUACCCCUGCAUGCUCAAGUACUGCCACAGCCGGGACCGCCCAGCGCCCUACAAGUGCGGCAUCCGCAGCUGCCAGAAGAGCUACAGCUUCACCUUCCUCGUGCCUCAGCGGCAGCUGUGCCCCUGGGAGGAGGACUCGUAGCUGGGGAGUGAGGGGGGACUCACCAGGCCUCCCCAGUCCCCAGGAGACCUUACUCCCCCCUCCCCUCCCUCAUCCCAGAGCCUGUGGUCCGUCACUCAUGACUGUGAAGAGGGGUGUGGUGUGCGGGGUAAUCAUGAAGGCAGCCCCACGACCACCCUGUGUCUGACCGAGAAGGGGCUUGGCACACUGCACCCCUCCUUCAGCCCGAUUUCAAGACGCCAAAAUGCCAUGGCCUAUGAUUCUCCUGCUGAACUCUGCAGGUUUAGACCCUAAAAAGUGCCUUUUCCUGUGACCCCCUCCCCACAUCAGCCACCUGUGCCUUUCCCCAGACUGCCCUGGCCACAGGGCAGGCGGGCACCUCGUCUCUGAGCAGAAUCCUGUCUGCGGGGUUCUGGGACGGGGGAGCAUGAAGCAUGAGGAAAACUUGAAUUCCAGAUUUUUAGUGCAAAGUAUUUAUCGUUUCUACCAGAAAUUAAACGUUUCCAUUUCUACUUGA